AUGGACGGGGGAGAGACAGACUGGGCUUCAGCAGCCCCGAACCCUCUCUUUGGAAGAGCUGCUGCACGAGAGCUGACGGCGAGGGAGCUUGUUCUCGCGUGGGAAGACACACUCACAAUAUCCCGGGCGGCCGACGUCUGCGAGACUCUUCUGGCCGCGUCCCUGGCUUUGAAUGGCCAGCGUCCGCGCUCCUUUUCUGGCUUCCUCCUCGCUCCUUGGCUGCACGGUGGCCUGGCGGGCUGUUUUAUCGUGUUUCUCGAGGAACCCCCAUACAUCAGCCUGGCAUCCCCCGACCCGGUGACAGGGCAGUGCAACGCUAACCGUGGCAUCCUCUGCAGGGUCGCUACAAAGGCAAUGAUGGCCAAGUAAGUACAUAUUUAUUGGAAUCUGGUGUGGAAAGGGUUGAGAUCUGACUGGUGUGGUGUGGUCUUUAUUUUGUUAGAGCUCGGUUUGAGCCCUGCCACAGAGGCUCCUCCGCGAAGGCCACUUAGAUUCCGAGCGCCCCUGUCGGGUCCCGCAGCCUUUGUUCUGACAGGCAUCGUCAGCGCAGAUGGCAAUGGCUCCGGGCCCGUUGAGUCUGCUGUGUACUGUGGGAAAUCAGAGCGCUUUGGCUACAAGUGGAACGGUUUGGUCGCCGCGCUCAUGAACCACAAGGCGGACAUGGCCCUUAGCAGCUUCAAGAUCAAUUCGGAGCGAGAGAGUGUCAUAGACUUCACUGUGCCGUUCCUCGAGUCCGGUAUAGCCAUCGUGGUCGCUAAGAGAACCGGCAUUAUAUCUCCGACGGCGUUCCUGGAACCCUUCGAUACUGCCUCCUGGAUGCUGGUCGCCUUCGUCGCUAUCCAGGUGGCUGCUCUCACUGUCUUUCUCUUCGAGUGGCUCAGCCCAGGAGGGUACAACAUGAAGGUGGCCCCUCCCCGCGACCACAAGUUCUCCCUCCUCCGGACGUACUGGCUGGUGUGGGCGGUGCUGUUCCAGGCGGCCGUUCACGUCGACUGCCCGAAAGGGUUCACAGCGCGAUUCAUGGCCAACAUCUGGGCCAUGUUCGCCGUGGUGUUCCUGGCCAUCUACACUGCCAACCUGGCCGCCUUCAUGAUCACGCGAGAGGAAUACCAUGACUUUUCGGGCAUCGAGGACCACAGGCUCCAGAACCCCUACGUGAAGAAACCCCCCUUCAAGUUCGGCUACGUGACGUACACCAACACGGAGACCAUCCUGAACAAGCACCAGCCGGAGAUGUUUCGUUACAUGAGGGAGUAUAGCAAGUCGAGUAUCGCAUCUGGGAUCAAGGCUAUCAAGAAAGAGGACCAGGACGCCUUCCUGUACGAUGCCACGGUGCUGGACUACCUGGUGGGGCAGGACGACGAGUGCCAGCUGCUGACGGUUGGCACUUGGUAUCACAUGACCGGGUAUGGCAUCGCUUUCCCGAGAGGAUCCAAGCACACGGCGCAGUUCAACGAGAGACUCAUGUCGUACAAGGAUAACGGAGACAUGGAGAGGAUACAAAGGUUCUGGCUGACGGGCGCCUGCAAACCCAAGAAACAAAACAAGAGAGCAUCGGAACCCUUAGCACUGGAGCAGUUCUUGUCCGCAUAUCUCCUGCUGUUCUCCGGGGUCCUGCUGGCGCUGAUCCUGCUCCUGCUGGAACACUUCUACUUCAAAUACGUGAGACAACACUUAGCCAAGACGGAUUCCGGAGGGUGUUGCGCACUCAUCAGUCUGAGCAUGGGUAAAUCGCUGACGUUCCGGGGCGCUGUGUUCGAGGCCCAGGACAAGCUGAGGCGCCACCGCUGCCGAGACCCCCUCUGCGACACCCACAUCUGGAAGGUGAAGCACGAGCUCGACAUGGCCAGGGUCAGGAUCAAGCAGCUGGAGAAGGAACUCGAGUCCCACGGCGUCAAACCCAGCAGGAAAUUCGCCAGCAGUUUUCUCAAUAAUGUAGCCAACCUCUCGCUCCCUGUACAUAUCCCGGAGAUACUAGCCAGAUAUGGACACUUCAAUGUGACAACUAUGUGGACUCUUCAUAGGCUUAUGGAACUAGCCUGUUGGAAACCAAGAACCAAUGACGAAGGCGAAGGAGAACCAGUGCCCCAGAUACUCAACGUCUACGCUAGGUUCACAACUAGUGUUCCUGCACAUUUGACACGUCGGAGUUCAUGUGAAUGGGACUCUUCCCCUAAAAAUUAUGAUAUAAAAAACACAAGUGGCACGCCCUUUUACGCAACAUUUAUGAUGACCACACCUUCGUUCCAAGUGCGCAGUCAGAAAAGACAAAUUGACUCGAGUGUGCAUUUCCCAACGAGCUUAUGUUAUCCUUUCAGGAGGUCCACAACCUCUUACACACUUUCUAGGACGAUGGCCAGGUUCACCCACGAGAAGGCAGUUAGCACAAGCAUUUUCAUAUAA